CCCAUUUUUUAUUGACGGAAUUUUAGUUUCGGUUUAACUCGCGGUUGGCGCGGUCGCUUACUCCCGCCCUGUAGAACAUUGGCAGAAACACGCACGGUCGUCCAACUAAAUGUGUUUUUUAUGACAAAAUAUCCAACAUUCAUGAGACAAAAUGUGUAAAACACAGUGUUUGCUGGCUUUCCUAGCGAUCUCCGUCGACCUGAUUAACUGUUGGGACAUCGCAAUCACGACUGGGGACCAAUUAGAAUUUUAUACAAACAAAACAAGAACAAACGACGAAGGCGUCAGGUUUAGAGAGCUGACCGCGCUCGCGCAUGAUGCUGUACACCACAUGAUGUUAUUUGUCGACAAACAGAACGACAACGCGUCAAUAUUCAGCUAUAAUCUCCUCACGAAGAAAUACCAGCCGUUAGUUGGAAAACGGUCUUCCGAAAAUAUUCAAGGUCUUACCAUAGACCCUGUGUCAGGAAAGAUGUUCUGGACGGAUACUAACGAAAGGAGUAUAUACUGGAUAUCUUUGUGGCCGAGGUCUAAGAACAUCUAUGGAUACCUCUUGAUAAAGAUGGACGAUGAGAUACCGAGGGAUAUUGCUGUUGAUAGUUGUAGAGGAUACAUUUAUUGGACAAAUACAAACAUUUCAAAACCAACGAUAGAGAGAGCACGAUUCGAUGGCAGUGAAAGGACCACUAUUGUUGACACUGAUAUCCACAUGCCGGUCAGCAUAGCUAUCGAUCAACGAACAAAACGGCUUUACUGGGCCGACGAUAAAGAAGGCAUACAUUAUUCCAUCGAGUCAUCCGAUUUAGACGGGAAAAACAGGCAACAAAUGCUGACAGGCACAUACCAUCAGCCAAAUUCCUUAACCGUUACAAAAGACAGCAUCUAUUGGGUCGAUUGGGGAUUCAGAUCAGUGUGGAAGCUAUCGAAAAAUGCAACAAAUGCGGAUCCAGAAGAAUUCGUACAGUUCAACAAUGAAGUACCUUUCGGUAUAGCUGCGAAUUAUAAAAUUGCCGACCAAACUGAAAAUGUGGAUGAAUGUAAGAUUUUAGCUAAUCUAACACAAAACAACACUGCCGUAAACGAUUCCAUUCGCAUUCCUAAAGACGUGGGACUGUUUUGUUUGCACGGUGUGAAGACAGGACAGUUAGAGUGCAAAUGUUCAGCUGGUUAUACUGGUGAUAGGUGUGAGAUAUCCGUUUGCCAGAACUUCUGUUUGAAUGGUGAUUGCAGUGCCUCGAGCGACGGCCAACCGACCUGCAAAUGCAGACGUGGUUUCUCUGGCACUCGAUGUGAGGCGAGUGUCUGCUAUAGUCAUUGCUUGAACGAUGGUGAAUGUACCGUCAGUGAAGCGGGCACACCUGAGUGUAAAUGUGCUCAUGACUUCGAAGGCGACAGAUGCGAGACACCUAAACUAAUACCAACAACAACUAUUGCACCCCCUGUUGAAGCUUGCAACUGCUCAGCAUUUACUUCAGAAAGCAAGAGCAGAGACAUAUUCGUGGACUCGGAUUUAUGUAGCACGGGAUGGGACACCGUACGCGAUCCGAUACUGAUGGUGCUUGGAACGAUAACCGGGCUGUUAUGCCUAGUAUGUGCGUUACUCGUCACGAAGAUCUUGCAAUUAAAGAAAAGACCCAGGAUCAAGAGGCGUAUAAUAGUGAACAAGAACGUCACCCCCCUCACCGCGCGCCCCGACCAGUGCGAGAUCACCAUUGAGAAUUGCUGCAACAUGAACAUAUGCGAAACUCCAUGCUUCGAACCCAGAAACGCAAUUAGACCGACAUUGGGCGACGCGAAGCCCGGGAAAGAAGAGAAGAGAAACCUAAUCGCGAACAUGGAGAGCCAAGACGAUAUUUACUAGCAUCGCACCAUAUCAUUCUACAUUUGGUGAUGAGUCCAAAGUUUUACAUUUGUGAUAUUCGAUAUAGGCAUACCGAUUAGUAACGUUACAGUAACGUUAUAGUAAUGUUACAGUAACUUUAUAGUAAUGUUACAGUAACUUUAUAGUAAUGUUACAGUAAGUUUAUAGUAAUGUUACAGUAACUUUAUAGUAAUGUUAUAGUAACGUUAUAUCGUUAUAACGAAAAACGACAUGAGGUUUGCUAUUGAGAGAUGUAUUUUUAUAUGUCUGGUGAAAGGCUUUCAACGCCGUAUUGAUAGACUGGUGGCACUUAAGAGACGGAAACAAUAGUUCAAGCAAAAGUUCCUUUGGUUACUUACUGUUCACUAAAUAAAAUAUUCAGUGGAUAAUAGGUUCGAUUAAUUAUGAGAUUGCUUGUUGUUAUAAAAGAUCAGAAAUUAUGAUUUCUUAAUUAUCUCCGCCAUUAAAAUUAGUUGUUUCCGGCUCUUAACGUCCGUAUAUAUUUAAGAACCAUAAGGUUUUUAUAAGGCAGCUAAAAAUCCAAGAGAAUAUUUAAGUACUUACGAGUAUACAUAUAUUUAAGGAAAUAUAUGUUGGGUUGUACAAAGGUUUGUAGGUUAAACGCGAUGGUUUAAUAUAUAACUAUUUAUAGUAUCUUGCAGUAUAUAAUAUAUUAUGGUAUAUAAUUAAUGCCUGUUGUAUGUAUAAACUCGUUAAGAAUAACGGUAUCUGCUAAACGUUGCCUUAAAAUUAUAUUAAUUAUUGGUAACCACAAAUGCCAGUUAAAUCUAUUUAAAUUUAUUUUAAUAAUGACCAUAACAAAGCAAUAUAUUGUGUACCUAAUAGAAAAACAAUAAAUAUAAGAUAAAUAAUAUUUAACUCAAGCAAUAACUAUUAUGGGCCUUUGUUAGAUUGUAAAUCGAAAGUUCAUCGCUCAGCAGUCAAUGAGUGUGAAUCUCGUACUAACACGAGUCAAUCGUAUCGUUUCAUAGGAUUCGGCACUGACGGGAUAAUUACACUAGACCAGGGUAGGCGAACCAAUGGCACGCGUGCCAUUGAUGGCACGCGACACAAUAUUUUGGGCACGUCGCCGAUCAUAAAACAUGUGUAAAGUAGGUAUUUUACAUAAAUUAUUUGUCAUCUAACCUGCAGCAACAGAAGUCACACUAAUUUUACAAUAAUUUAAUUUAUGCGUGUAAUAAAAACAUUCCAAAAUGUACCUCUUUUGUUUACUUUAUUUCAUAAAGAGUUUUGAUAGUAUUUAUUAUUGUUAUUUUCCAAAUAAUCAGAAAGUCAAAAUUA